AUGCAGCGCCGCGGGCCCCCCUCCGUGUUGCUGUUGCUGCCGCUGGCCCCGCUGCUGGUGCUGCUGCUGGGGGCGGCCACCGCUGCUCCCUUGGCACCAAGACCCUCCGAGGAAGAGCUGACCCGCUGUCUGGCCGAGGUGGUCACGGAAGUGCUGACACUGGGCCAGGGCCAGAGAAGCCCCUGCACAGCUCUUCUCCACAAAGAGAUGUGUGAGACAGAGCCCUGUGGCUGUGCGUCCACCAAGGAGAAGGGCCUACUGGUUGAGGAGUUCCGGAAGCAAGAGGCUGGGAAGACAGGGCCCAGCCAGGAAGUGAGGGAAGAGGAAGAGGAAGCAGCGGAGAGGGCCCGCAAGUCUGAGGUGCGGCCACAGACCAUCCAGGAGCAGCUCCACAGCCGCCUCCGCCAGGAGGAGGAGGAGGAGGAGGCGGUGGAGAAGGGCAUGCUGCUGCUCGGCGGGGGCCGCAGCCUGCGGCAGGGGGCCCAGGGGGGCGGAGAGGGCGGACACGAGCACUCACCGCACCACCACCGCCACCAGCAGCCAGAAGCCGAGCCCGAGCAGGAGGAGAAGGAAGAGGCUCCGGAGAGGGAGGAGCACGACAUGGAGCGGCUGGAGCACGUGAGAGAGGAGCUGAAGAAGGCAACGGAGAUGCUGAGGGAGGAGAUCAGGAGGGAGGGAUGA